ACUUAAUUCUAUUCAUAGUCACCAACUUUACAUUUUCGUUUCAUUUUUAGUCACUCUCCGUCCAAUUCCGUUAACUUUUGUCUAUGUGGCAGUCAACUCUUAUAGUUGACCGUUAAAUGUGUGACGUGGCAUUUAAAAAAUUAAUAAAAAAUAAAUUUCAAGAUUUUUAGAAUUUCCCUCUCAUUUUCCACCAUUAAGAAACAAUAAUAAAAUUAAAAUUUCAUGAUACAAUAACCUCUACCCGACCGCCUCCGCCUUCUACACAACCCUGUAAUCACUCUUCAGCCGACCUCCCUCUACCCAACCACCUCCGACUCCUUCACAACCGCUCCCUUCACUUCCUCGGCCUCAGCACCUCCAUCGACUCCGCCGGCCUCCUCAAGAACAACAACUUUGCUCCGACCUUGUCAUCGCGAUACUCGACAACGACAUCUCUCCCGACCGCCAAAGCUUCCAAGACCUUGAACUCCCUUCGAUCCCAUCAAAAUGGAAGGUUCGUACGUCGGCGAUCGGAUACCCGAGUGCAAAGUUACGCUCUUUCGACUAUCAAUUUCCCUUCUUCCUCUUGCAACCGCAAGCUCGUCGGCGUGAAAUUCUUCUAUGCAGGGUAGAGGCCACCAACGGGAAGAUGAAUCAAUCUCCGAGUUCCGCUACUCUCGUGAAAUUGAUGGAGAAAGAGGGCAUCAUUUAUUAAGCAAUGGAAUAAUCAUAGAAGGAAAAAGGAAUUUACCAUUUGAUGGAGAAAAAGGGUCGUCGGUCGUUACGUUUACCCUGCUUCGACUCUAGGCUACGCCAAGGGACUCGAUGCCUGCCUCUUAGUUUCACCACUAGUAAGCGAUAUCAUCCGGCGGGAGGAGGAUGGGAAUGGAAAGCCUCCAUGAUGUUGGAGACGAUGGUCGUUUCUUCAGGCGACAUCGGCCGUGGAAGUGGCAAAGGAGAGGGAUGGAGGAGGUAGAUCGAUAGAGAGGGGUUGAUGAUAGCGAGGAUGGGAGAGGGGUGAAAGGGCUAGGGAUGAAUGAGUUUGGGCCAACGAUGAGAUCGCACAAAAAUUGAGCAGCGACAUCUAGGGAUUUAGAAGAGUCGGCGGCGAUCUUCCUGGCAAAGAGUGAACGGCGAAUGUGAGAGAGGAGAGAGAGCGAGGUGAAGCAGAGGGACUGAAAGUCUAAAAGUAAUUAUUUUUUAAUUUUUAUUUUUUAUGAAUUACAAUAAUGAUGUGGAAAUUUUGAAUUAUUAAAUUUUAUUUUUUAUUAAUUUUUUAAAUGCCACGUCACACAUUUAACGGUCAACUAUAAGAGUUGACUGCCACGUAGACAAAAGUUAAUGGAAUUGGACGGAGAGUGACUAAAGAUGAAACGAAAAUGUAAAGUUAGUGACUACGAACAGAAUUAAGUAUUUCUAAUGACCAAACUUGAAACUUUAUAGUAAUUUCAGUGACCAACCUUGUAAUUUACCCUAAAAUUAAAUCAUAACUAGCAUCGGCGCCGGCCCAUUGGUCGACAUAGUUUUGUAAGAGAAUAAUAAGCUACAUGAAACAAAGUUCAGCUAAUGCCCUCAUAAUUUUUUUAGCGGAUUGAAUUAAUACAAAAAUGCAUACUAUUUACAACCUAUACUUGUAAUUGUGUUUGGAGGAUGACAGUAAAACACUCACAACAUACCACUAAACAAAAAACACAUUGUCCUUCAAGAAUAAUAAUAGGUGGAAAGGAAACGUAGAUUAAAGAGAAGGUGAGUGGAAAAAGAAGAGGUUGAUUAUUAGCAUUAUAGCAUUACCAUAAGAACUGCUACUCAAUACAUAAAUUCUACAUCAUAAGUGGUAGGCACAUUUCUGAAAAGCUUUCUAAAAAUAAGAACAUUUGAGCUGCAGCAAUAGAAGAGGAUUCCACUCUGGCAAUCCACAUGUAUUGUAUGUCUCUAAUUCUCUAUACCUAAGGUCAGAUCCAUUGUCUUCCCAUUCAACUCUGAUCUCACUAAUAUAAUCAGAUCGUGGCCUGCCACCAGUCCUGAUAACAUUGAAGAUUGGUUCAAGUAUGUCGCUCUUCACGUGGUAUCGUGGUUCAUCUGGCUGGAACGUAACCAAAGAAUCUUCAAUAAUGCCAUGAAGAGUGCUGAAGAAACAGCUAUGAAAGUUCUAAAUUUGGCUAUGGGAUGGCUGGUCGCUCAUGGAAAAAUUGAUCAAAUGCAGGCUUUCCAGUGGCUUCAGAACAAUCGUCAUCUAUUUAUUCGCCCAUGUUGACUCCCCUCGAUGCAUCGGAGUGUCGCGUGUUGCUGAUUUGCUGCUGUUGUUGUUGUUAUUGUUUUAGCUUUUUUUGCGUGAUCUUGGUUAGUUGCUGUGCUGGUGCUAUUACUGAUUUUGCUUUUAUCUGGUUACUGGCACUCCCUGUGCCAGUGAUAGAUUCCAGCUGUACAUCCAUACUUCUUUUCUUUUUCCGUUAAUGCAGUUUUCACCUUCAUAAAAAAGAAAAAGGUCAGGCUUCUUGCCCAACGCCCACUCAGGUUCUCGUUGUGCUGAAUUGGAGCAUCAUCUGUUGAUUAUCAAAAACUGCAAAAGUUAAAUAACAUUUACAAUAACAAAAAAAAAAGUAAGCAACUGAAUGAAAUAAGAGAAAAUUUAUUAUCACAAUUGCAGUAUUAACCAAAGAGAAUAUUAAUUCAGGUCAAAGAAGUAGAGAUAACAUUUCUAUGUUCACCUAAAACUCCAAAUUGAAAAACAAUUCGACAAAAUUGUCCCCAAAGUACUAUAUGAACCACAAUCCAUACAAUCAAACAAUUGAGCUGAAUACAAACAACUGAGCUGAAUACAAACAACAAUAAAAUGAAGGUCAAUGAGUGAACAUAAAGAAAAACUGGGAAUUAGC